UAAUAAUCCAAUGUACUCGCAUCUAGAAUUAUCGACCCCCUCUUCUCGGUUUUAAUACACAUUUAUAGCUCAAGCUCUUAGCGCCCACGACCACUCAUAUCCAAUCGCAGGGUACUCGGUAUAUACGUAUAUACCUAAUGUUUUCCUCAAGAAACUUCCUUACUGCGAUAGGGGCAGGAGAACCAGCUUCGAGCGCCGUAACCACGGCAUGACCGUGACACGGAAAGGCGCUCAUCUACGGGACACGAUAAAAGCACCUUCGUCUGACAUGGUCUCUCAGAUUCUCCACCCUAUACACUCUCAGCAUGCCUUUCUUCCAGAAUGCUACGGGUACCACUGCAAAUAAUAGCAACUUCAGUGAUAUCAACGGCACUGGUCAUGUCAUCACUAUCAAUAACGACAACUCUCAGCGUAGUAACUAUGGAAAUACCACUUCUACGCACAACACAGACUCUUACAAUGACUCUUCCACCAAGCAGACUAUGACGGGGGGAGGGCAGCAGACUGUUAACCGUCCUUAGGGCACUCCCGGUUUAUGUCUUUGGUGCUAACUUGACCACCUGAAGAUUUUUGCAAAUCUUAUGUCUACGUUGACUUGGAACUUAAUUUUGUGUGAAGAUGUUUGUUUCUCUAGUCCGUCAUAAUUGUAAUAUGUGAAUUAUGCCUAUGGUACUUUUU